UGCGCGCUGUGACAUUUCCGUCCCCGCCCCCAAGAGUCUACCGCUCAGUCUGUCAUGGCGGCCGGACUGCUAAGUUUGUGUGCUUGCCGCCUCUCGGCGACAGCGGCGGUGCGAGGGCUACCCGCUGCCCGCGUUCGCUGGGAAUCGAGCUCCUCUAGGGCCGUGGUCGCCCCGUCCGCCAUGGCAGGAAAGCGGCGGGUAGAACCGACUAUGCAUUGGCAGGAGGACCCAGAACCCGAGGACGAAAACGUCUAUGAGAAGAACCCAGACUUUCAUGGAUAUGACAGGGACCCUGUGGUGGAUGUCUGGAAUAUGCGAGCCGUCUUCUUCUUUGGCUUUUCCAUUGUCCUGAUCUUUGGCACCACCUUUGUGGCUUAUCUGCCCGACUACAGGUUGCGUGAGUGGGCCCGCCGUGAGGCUGAGAGACUUGUGAAGUACCGAGAAGCCAACGGCCUCCCCAUCAUGGAAUCCAACUGUUUUGACCCUAGCAAGAUCCAGCUACCAGAAGAUGACUGAUGAAUUACUGAGUGGGGCUCAGUAAUGGAGAAGCACCACCUUCUCCACCCUCUGCCUGUCAUUCAGCCCAUUCCUCAGAGUACCUUAUUAAAGGAUUGAGCAUUUAA